AUGGCUUCCCUUCCUGUCAUGCAGAAGGAGAGUUUGUUCCAGUCAGGAUCCCGGGUGUACAGGAUUCCUGCGCUACUUUACGUGGCCCAGCAUCAAACUCUCUUGGCAUUUGCCGAGAAACGGGCCUCAUCGGGAGAUGAAGAUGCCAAGCUGAUCGUCAUGCGCAGGGGAGCGUACAAUGCAACCACCCGUCAGGUCAAGUGGCAAGAUGUUCAGGUGGUGGCCAAGGCUCAGCUGGAAGCCCACCGGUCCAUGAGCCCGUGUCCAGUGUACGACGAGGUGACUGGGACCCUCUUCCUGUUCUUCAAUGCCAUCCGAGGCAACGUCUCAGAGCACUACCAGAUCGACAACAAGAAAAACUUGGUGCGACUGUGCCAGGUGACCAGCACGGACUGCGGGCGAACCUGGAGCCCCGCCUCGGACCUCACCGACUCGGCCGUCGGCCGGACCCAUGGCAGGUGGGCCACUUUCGCGGUGGGGCCGGGCCACGGCCUGCAGCUGCGCGACGAGGCUCGCAGCCUUGUCAUCCCCGCCUACGCUUACCGGAUACUGGACCUCCACGAGCGGCCCCCACCCUCCGCCUUUUGCUUCGUCAGUCAUGAUCACGGGAAGACCUGGAUAACCGGGAACUUCGUGACGGAGGAGGAUGUCUUGGAGUGCCAGAUGGCUGAAGUGGACGGCCCCAGCCAGAAGGUCCUGUACUGCAACGCCAGAAGUCCUCGGGGCUCCAGGGUCCAGGCGGUGAGCUUCAAUGACGGACUAGAUUUCCAGGGCACUCGGCACAUCGAAAAACUGGUGGAACCUCCCAAUGGCUGCCACGGGAGCGUCGUUGGCUUCCCUGGCCCCAACCAGACGCUGCCACGCUGCUCAGACACUUGGAUGCUCUACUCUCACCCGACGGACUCCACCGAGAGGAAGAACCUCGGUGUGUAUCUCAACAAGUGCCCGCUGGAUCCAGCAGGCUGGACGAAACCUGCCAUUUUGGCCACAGGGGCCUGCGCGUACUCGGAUCUCCAGUACAUGGGAAUAGGCCCAGACGGAUCACCUCAGUUUGGUUGCUUGUUUGAAUUUGGCCAACGCGACUACUACGAGGAGAUUGUUUUCCUUAUGUUCACCCUGAAACAAGUCUUCCGAGCUGAGCAUGAGUCUUCCCACCCCUGAACACUUGGACGGGAAGCUCCUGGAGUGGAGAGACCGCCUUGAUAUUUUCCUGAAACUCCCUCGGGAUCUAGAAGAGUGUCCUCCCCAGAGGGGCUGCUCUAACCUGAAGCCUUUGCUUCAUUUCUCCUGUUCGCGUGCCAGAUGAAAGGCCAAUCAUUUUAUCCGGUUCAGGGUUUUCUGAACUCGGCACUGCAUUAAAAC